GUUGUUCACACGUGUAUCUGCACUCUCAUUGGCUAGAAUUGUAACACCUGAUCUCGUCUGCCUUCAAUAAUUGAGGACAUGUAUUUCCAUUGUUAGAGCGGUCCCUCGGCUAUCUUGUAGGCUAAAUAGAACAUAUCAUCUUUGGGAACAAUGAAAGAGCUGUCUGGUAGUGCCACAGAGAGAUUGAGAUUGUGAACAGUUGUGAAAGGGAUAGUAAAAAACGAACCACAUAUUCCCUUACUUGGAGUAACAGACAAUACCAGCCUGACGCAUCGAGGAGAAAUUGAGACACAGUGAAUAGGUGCAGAUAGAGAGUCGGGUCAUUUUCCACGCAGGUUGAAAAGUAUGCUGCAAAUGAAUGAAUUUCAUGUGGUGCUGAAUUGGGUCAUGCAGACCACAAGAAAAGCGAAAGACACACACACCCGCCUCCCGUUGCCUUGCAGGUUGAGCGGUGUGCGCUUUCCAUAGAGGAACGGAGCAUCUUGCCACCCAUUACCAAACCGUAGAAGAUAACGGUGUCAAUUCUCCAUUGGCACCGAAUAAUCCAAAACAGAAGAGUGCCUUUAAGCACGGAACCAGUCAGAGAAUUACCAACACAGACGAGAAAACGAGACACAAACCCGGACCGCAAUUCAGUUCACAGUAAUAGAUCUAAAACAGGAGAUAUCGUCGACCAGACCCCAGUGAAUCAACCGGUCAAUUGAAGAGUGCAGGUGCUCCUUGCACCGCGCGAAUGCAGGACCACGGAGGAGAGAGACAGGUCGCCAGCAGUUUGCCCCACAGCGUCAAGGUGAGCCUGUCUCUGUUGGGGCCGGGCAGGGUGGGUGGUGUAGGCUCUCCCAACUCCAAGGUGGGCUACUGCGGUGGAGUGCCUGUGGAGGACAUGCAGGCCCUGGCCAUUACCUCCCUGCCGGGUGCAGACGUGGCAAAACACUAUGAGCACAUCCGCGAGCUGGGCAAGGGCACCUAUGGCAAGGUGGACCUUGUGGCACACCGCACACAGGGCACCAAAAUGGCUCUGAAGUUUGUGACCAAGAGCAAGACAAAGCUGAAGAGCUUCCUGAGGGAGUACAGCCUGACAGGAACACUGAGCUGCAGCCCAUUUAUCAUCAAAGUCCUGGACGUACUCUUCGAGACCGAGGAUAGCUACGUCUUUGGACAGGAGUAUGCCCCCGCUGGAGACCUGUUUGACAUCAUUCCUCCCCAGGUGGGUCUUCCGGAGGAGAUGGUGAAGCGCUGUAUGCAGCAGCUGGGUCUGGCUCUGGACUUCAUGCACAGCAAGAACCUGGUUCACCGUGACGUCAAGCCCGAAAACGUCCUCCUCUUCGACCGCGAGUGCCGACGCGUCAAGCUGGCUGACUUCGGCAUGACGCGGAGAGUGGGCUGCCGGGUGAAGCGCGUGAGUGGCACCAUCCCGUACACAGCGCCGGAGGUGUGCCGUGCCAGUCGUGCCGAAGGCUUCCUGGUGACCACCAGUCUGGACAUCUGGGCGUUCGGAGUGCUUGUCUUCUGCAUGCUGACCGGUAACUUCCCCUGGGAGGCAGCGCUGCCUACUGACGCAUUCUAUGAGGAGUUCUGGCGCUGGCAUCGUGCGGGGUGUCCCACGGCGGCCUACCCAUCCCAGUGGCGCCGCUUCACUGACGACGCCCUGCGCAUGUUCCAGCGGCUGCUAGCUGCCGAACCUGAGAAGCGAUGCGGCGUGAAGGACGUCUUCUGCUUUGUCAAGUACGAGCUGGUCAGCGAAUUCCGACGCCGUGCCUCCUGCCGAGCCAAGCGAGGCGAGAGGUCCAGUUCAUCUGGUGUAUGCCCUGCAGGCUGCACCUCUACCUCCUCUUUGACCUCCUCCUCAAUGCGCUCUCACAGACACCCAGAACCUUCCACUCCCCCAGGAAAGACCUCACACUUGCGCCCAGCGCCCCUGAAGAGGAGCGUCCUCUCUGACCCUCAGUCCCCUCGGGAGGAGUCUCCUGGCCAGCACCACUCUUCUCUGGGUCGAGAGAAGACCAAGGUGAUGGCCACUGCCAUAGAGAUCUGCGUCUGACAGAGACUGGAUGAGCAGCGGUAUCUGUGGGCGUUGCCAUGGCGAUAGGAACCUGUGCAAGGUACUUGUAACGGCCAUUUUGACUGGAGUUGAAGGUUGACGCUGCUGAGAAGAAGCCCAAUAUCAAAUUCUUGACUGUGACACAGAUUGGUAUCAGCACUCACGGCAGUACACUCUUGGACAAGUCAUCACUAGCACAUGCGUUUGUUAUUUUGAUUUGUGACCGUAGACUGUUUUCUGAGUUGGAGAAGCGACAUUCAAGAGUCCACUGACUGACGUCGUUUUUUUCACAGCAACUCGUUCCACUGUUCAGCUAUUUUGCUUCUUGGUACACACAUUAACACGGCUAAUGAUGCUAAUAGAAACAGUUCUAGCCAUUUCUAAACAUUGGGUUCAGUAGAAACAUUCAAUGCUCCCUGACGACACAUUUCCAUUCUGCCUCCCUUCUCCCUAAUUUCUCUUAUUUUUAUAUUUCUUCUUCUGCUUCUCUCUCUCUAUAUAUAAAUACCUUUGACCUGGGGAGGCCCAAACCUUAGCUGAUCUAGUGACAUGCUUUAGAUCCAAUAGCGAUCCAAUAGGUCAAAUUGAUCUUCUGUCUGACUGACAUAUCGCUGAACAAAUGGGAAUCCAUGGCAGUUCCGUCCAUUUCCAAAGUGUGAAAAUGGUUUUGGACAUAGGGGAGAAUGAUUGCUUUUCAAAAGGAGAAAAUAUGUGAAGGUGACUCUCCAAUGUAGCAGUCACUAUGACAAUGGGACAUUGCUCAUCUAGACUGUCUGAACUGAGACAGGACCCUGCUGUCAGACAUCUCAGGACAUCUCAGCGGUUACUUCCUGUCUCAGAGUAACUUCCUGUUGAGGGUUACAGGUGAUUUCCUGUAGUAGACCACUGUUUAAAAGGACACAUUUCAUUCUGUAAUAGUGCCUAAAUAGUUCAUACAGGCAUCUUCCAAUGUGAAAAGAAAUAAGAAAAUAUAUAAUUGCUUCUGUUGACAUUCAAAUGCUUGGAAACUGUUAUAGAAUAGAGGGAGUGUUUAUUUUAUAUUUGCUGUGUGUGUGUGGGGGGGGGUGUUUGAACAACUAAAACACAAUCUCUUUGUAAAGGGGGAGAAUUUUUAAAAAGUGCAUUAUAGAUAUUUACUAUGUUAAGCGCCACACUGUAUUAUUGUCAGGUAGUUCAACCAUGUAGCUCUAUUAAUAUUGUUUACUACUGGGAGAGGUUACAGGGAUCAACUCACUGAAUGUAGUAUAAAAUAAUAUGACAUGUACAGUAUAUGGACAUUCUAAAAUUAUAUAAUGCUCUAUAGUGGUGCCAAAAAUGGGGUGGACAGUAGCAGCCUUUAGAGUAUGGUUGGGAUGGGACCAGGGCCUAUUGGAAUAGUACUGUUUAACACGUGUGUGAUGUCUCUCCCUGAGCACAUUCUGAACACUGUGACCUUAGCCCAUCUUAACCAUCAAUAGUCCCCUUCCUCUGUCAAUACAACUCAACUCAAAUCAAUCAACUACUUUACUGAGUUACUGCUUUACUGCACACAUGCAUCCUGUAUAACAUUACCGAAGCAAUUCCAAUAUAAUUGGUCAUAGAUCCCAUGUUCGCUCCAGGCUCCUCAAACUUCCAGCCAACCAAUCUUCCUCCACCCUUCGUCCUUCACCUUCAUCUAUCUCUCACUCACUCGCUCUCUUCCUCCCUUCCCCAUUUGCUUGUCUUUCUCCUGCACUUGAGUCUCUGAGCCAUUCUGUGUUGUCUGGUAGGAUGACCUCUCUCUCCCCCCUUUGGCACGCUGUGGGCUGAUGAUCAAUUGAGGCCGCCACACCGCGAGUGUCUCAGCUAGCGAAAAAAGAAAACAAAUUAUGUAAGCAUCUAAAAAGCGCACUGUGUGCUGCUUUAUCAAGCGUUCAUCUCUAUUUAUCGGCUAAGUUGCUGCUGUUAUGUCAGACAGGUGUGUUUUGUGCGUGUCCCACCCUUCCCUUCUUUCCUUUCCCCGAUGACAGCCCAUCAUCCCUGUCGCUAUAGUGACAGUCAGUGUUUUUAUGGUUAGUUUCUCAGCUCCUGUCCACUCCCGAAACAUCAAACAUAAUUGUCUGGUCUGGUCAUUCUGCAACAACACCAGUAUUAUUAACAACACUGCCCUGCUAGCCAGGAGUUCUCAUAGCAAUUGCCUUCCACAUAUAAUGUGUAGUAUACAGUAUGUCUGUUCCACUAUGUCGGCAAUGUCAGUCUCAUUCUAUCACAUAUACUAACUAUAUACAUACAUCUGUUGUACUGUUUACGUUUGUCAAAAUCUGUCCAAUUCACCUUCCUUCUUCCUCCAUCGUCUCUAGAACACCUACCUGCUAGUCAUGAAGUCAGUGCUCUUGUCAUAUGUCACACUUUAAGGAUGACCAUAGUCAGAGGAGAAUGGUGGUUCAUUGACCUCAAUCUGGGCAGAGAUUUUCUGUGAUCACUCAUAGGGUGAAUGCGUGCAUAACUUGCAUAUGUAGCCUCUACUUAUGUCAAGAUGCAUACACUGUUUUGCUGUGUGAAUUGUGAAUAUUUAUAGUUUUGUUCGAUAUUGCACAACCGUAUACAUCAGAACAGUGUUAUGUCAGUUGUCGUAAGUGUCAAGUUUUUGUCAGAUUGUUAUAAUAGGUUAUGUAGGCAUUAUGAUCAAAUUGUGUAAUGUUCAUUUUAGUUUUGUAGCCUACUGUUUACCUCAGUUAUGUCCUGAUCCUACUAGCUGGUCUCCACCAGCAAGUUGAAUUAUGUAAAUGUGCAAAUGUAUUAAGUCUUUAACACAGAAACAAAUAAAAUGUUUAA